AUGCAUCUCAGCCAACAGCCGUCAAAGUCGUCUCUGGAUGGGAAAGACCGUCUAGAGAAGAACGACCGCAACCGAGCCAUCUCCAACCUCGUCACUGAUGUCAACUCGAGCGAGCCAACGCAUGACAGCUCCGAGGCUACAGCCUCAACAGAAGCAGAAGGACAACGUGAUGUCGAGAAAGGAGGAACUGCAGCUACAACCAGCGGUCCACCACCUGGCGCUUUCGACCCGCGAGAGAACCCAGACGGAGGACCACAGGCAUGGCUCUGCGUAUUUGGCGCCUUCCGUUGUCUCUUCUGCUCGUUCGUAGCCUGGAUCCCAUCGCUGGAGGUCUUCAUGAACUUCGCUCUGGGUACCUUCGUUGGCGCAAUUUUCGAUCGGUAUGGUCAUCGCUGGCUGCUCCUCGUGGGCACCUUCCUGCACGGUUUUGGUUUGAUGAUGACUUCGUUCUCCACAGAAUUCUACCAGUUCAUCCUAGCGCAGAGAACCUGCUCGCCCAUCGGCGUCGGCAUGAUCUUCUUCCCAGCCCUGAGUACAAUCAGUACCUGGUUCUUCAAAAAGCGCGCCUUCGCCUUUGGCAUCGUCGCAGCCGGCUCCUCCCUAGGCGGCGUAGUCCUCCCCAUAAUGGUCGACCGCCUCAACCGCCAAAUCGGCUUCGCCUGGUCCAUGCGCACCACCGCCUUCCUCAUCCUCGCCCUCAUGAUCAUCGCAAACCUCACCAUAACCUCCCGCAUGCCACCCAACCGCGCCGCCUCUUUCCGUCUUGGAGCUUUCGCAGAGCCAUUAAAGGAACUCCGAUGCGUCCUCACAGUGUUUGGGUCCUUCCUCUUCUACUUGGGAACGUUUAUGCCUAUCAACUACAUCGCCACCGAAGCGAUUUCAUACGGUAUGAACGAGAGUCUAGCAACCUACCUCGUCAGCAUCCUCAACACCGUCUCCCUCUUCGGACGGAUUCUACCCGGCUACAUCGCGGAAAAAAUCGGCCGUUUCAACGUUAUGAUCCUUACCUGCUUCCUCUCCUCCCUCCACGUCCUAGCCCUCUGGAUCCCGGCAAAAUCUAACGCACGCAUCAUCGUGUUUGCGGCCCUUUAUGGCUUUGCGAGUGGGGCGUUUGUAUCUAUGGCGCCGAGUGUGAUUGCGCAGAUUAGUGGUGUGAGGAAGAUUGGAGUGAGGACGGGGACGUUUUUUGCGAUGGUUAGUGUGGCGGGCUUGGUUAGUAAUCCUAUAGGAGGCGCGUUGGUUGAGAGGUGGGAGGGGGGCAUGUAG